AUGGAGUCAUCGGCAGCGGCGGUGAAGGAGCUCCCAGUCACGGAGUUGCAGUCGCAGCUGGAUCUGAAGUCUCUGCACUCAGACAAACAUCAUCAGAUUAAGGCCUACAUUCUUGACCAUUUCACAUCAUCGUUGCCGUCGUUCUCAGUCUCGGAUACUCAAGCAUGGGGCCAUCUCAAGGGACUGAAGUUAGCUGAUCCGGAAUGCAUGGAGCCAAGACCUAUUGACGUUCUCAUUGGCACGGAUUUCUUCGGAUCAAUUGUGGAGCCACAGAUCAUCAAGCGGCCUUCAGACUCCCCUAUAGCAAUGCACACUAUCUUCAGUUGGUUGGUACUAGGACCCACUUCAGCGGUGAUUCCAAUGGUGGCCAGCUCUAAUCAUAUUGCAGUCAGCAACGAGGAACUGUACGACCUUCUCACUUCGGUCUGGCUGCAGGAGGAGGUCCCAAAAGCCGAGGAUAGUGAUCCCACGAAAGAAGAGGCAGAAUGUGAGUUUUUCCAGCGCACCCAUUCACGAGAUAGCUCAGGGCGCUAUGUGGUUCGCCUGCCUCUUGCACGUUCUCCGACAGAGCUUGGCGACUCUUAUGGUCGGGCUAAAUCGUGUCUCUCCAGCCUGUUCCGGAGAAUGGAGCGGGACCAACGGACCCUUCAGCUAUAUAGUGUUUUUCUCAAGGAGUACGAAGAUCUGGGACACAUGGUGCGUGUUCCAGCCCUAACUGGUUCCGGGAAUGCCGGGAGCGUGAAUUUCGGCUAUCGAUCUGAGGGGAUGACCUUGCCACAUGGGGCUUCGGCUUCAGGAGGUUUGAGGGUGCCUGAGGAGAAGCAGUCGGCUCGUGUCUCCACUCAGUGUUCUGUUCAGAGGGAAAGUAGUGAAACAACGAAGCUGACGGUAGUCUUCAAUGGCUCUAGUAAGACCAGCUCAUGGUUGUCUCUCAAUGACAUCCAAUACACUGGAGCCGAACUGCAGAAGAAUAUCUCUGACGUGCUGCUCUCAUCCAGGCGGAGUAGGUGCAUCGUGAAGGACUGGCCUCUUCAACAGAUUCUGUGGCGGGAUUCUCAAGAUCAGAUCAAUACCUACCAGCUCACCACCGUGACCUACGGGACUAAAUCGGCCCCAUUCUUAGCCUGUAGAAUUCUCAACCAACUGGUCGCGGAUGAAGGACAUCGUUUUCCUCUAGCAAUCUCUCCGUUGACCAGUGGAAGAUACGUGGAUGACCUCUGUGGUGGUGCUGAAAAGGAGAGUGAUCUUCUAGAAGUCUCCAAGCAAGUGAGGGAUCUUUGCUUAGCUGGUGCUGGAUUAGUUGAGAAACUGGACUGGGAUGAUGCGCUUUCACCACAAAUCUCGGAUAAGUGGACCCAAUUCCGUAAGGAGCUGUCUCAGGUCGAAAAUAUCUCCAUUCCUCGUUGGCUCGGAGUGAAGAAUGAUGCUCUGGUGGAAAUACACGGGUUCUCAGACGCCUCGCAAACAGCGAUGGCUGCGGUGGUAUAUGUGAAGGUGACAAGCUCGGACGGCGUGAGUAUCUCGUUAGCUACUGCUGAAAUCAAGGUGGCUCCUCUCAAGCAGCUCACCAUCCCGAGACUAGAGCUCAACGCCGCAGACAUGCUGGCGAAACUCACAAGGUAUGUGCAUGUUCAACUCAACCUUGAUAAUGCUCCUGUGUUCCUGUGGACAGACUCAGGUGUUACCCUGGCGUGGAUCAGCUCUCAUCCCUCCCGGUGGAAGGAAUAUGUGCAUAACAGGGUAGCCAGCAUACAGGAACUGAUUCCAGGAGCGAAGUGGCGAUACAUCAGCGGUAAGGAGAAUCCUGCUGAUUGUGCUUCUCGGGGCAUUACUGUGGCUACACUCAGUGCUUAUAAACUGUGGUGGACAUGA